AGUACCUUUAAUCCGCUUUAUAAAUAGUGGUACGCUUCUCGAGUGCACCGUGGACAGUGAACAACAGUGAAUGAUCGAACUUUGAACAAGUUUUUUUAAUAAGUACAAAAUGUACCUUGACUACGAACCUGAAACGGUUUCGAAUAACAAUAAGUUGUGUACGAGCUUGGGGAAAGACUGUCACUGCCAGAGAAGAGCACGGGAAUGGACUUGGGACGAGAGUCUCAUUUCCAAUUCUGCAAAGUUGUCUCAUCAGAAUCUGGAAGUAAACUUUCAUCCUGGAUUCAGCAAUGGCACCGCUGUGGUAAGGGCUGAUAAAUCUAUGCAACCAGGACAUCACCAUUAUUGGGAAAUUAAAAUGAUGACACGCGUGUACGGUACCGAUGUAAUGGUAGGAGUUGGGACAAAAAAAGUAGACUUGCAUGGUAAUCAAUUUAAAUUUUGCUCGCUGCUAGGCAGCAAUAGCGAGUCUUGGGGAUUCUCUUACAGAGGGUAUCUUCAACAUGACGGGCAGCAACAAGAUUAUCCUCCUGGUUUUGGUCAAGGCAGUAUAGUUGGAGUACACUUAGAUACCUGGAGGGGCACAUUACAGUUCUUUUUAGACAGAAAGCCACUUGGAAUUGCAUUUACUGGCCUAAGAGGCUUGGAAUUGUAUCCGAUGAUAAGUUCCACUGCUGCCAAAAGUAAAAUAAGAGUAACGUACAGUACUUCGAUACCAGCAUCACUUCAAAUGGAUUGUUUAUCAGCACUGAGACCUAUGCAGAAAGCAUACCUAGCAGCUGAAUUUCCUGCGUUAAGGUAUCUUACAGAGUGUGUUUUCGCUGAAGUACUGAAGCGGGAUGAUGAUGAUGAUGAAGACCAGCCAGCAGAACUAUUCACUAUUCUCGACGAAUUUGACUAUGCUUUAGUUGGAUUCUCCAAGAAGAAAAGGCUGAAACUACUAUGAGAAUUGAGUAUUCUCAGUGGUACACGUCCAUUAAUAAUAUAAAAUGCCUUUAUAUAUCUGAUUUCAUUUUAUUUAGACAACAAAUUGAACAAUCCUGUCCGUUAAAAAUAAAUGUUUAAAUUUAGAGUGUCAAUCUAUUCAGUAGACAGAUCAGCGAUGCAGGCAGAUUAUUUAAUCUGUUCUCUAAAUUAGCCAAAUUGGGUUAGGAUGUCAUGUAUGACACUUAACGGAUUAACUAGAAACUAUUUAUUCAAUUUCUUAGUAGUCUACACAUUUUUUAUAGUAAUUAUUAUCUCAAUUCCAGGAUAUCUUUACAUGUACUUUCUUUAGGGUAUGCUUGUGAUACCUCAUUCCAAUAGUCGAUGUCGAUAUGAAAAUAGAAUAUUACUUGUAACUUUGCAUAAUCAUGUAUUUACAAGAGCCAGCCUCAAGAGUACAAGUUGUAUCGAGUUCGCCUUUUUUACUCCUAAAUAAUCUAAUAUCUCUGUAAUGAUCUCUUCGAUGACUUUCAUUUACCAUUUUAAAAUAUGGCAAGCUAUUUGUUAUUAAAUAAAUUUAAAAAA